UUUUUGGAAGCAAUACUUCACGUUUAGUUAGGAUUACAUUGUUUGGUCAUUAUAUAUAAGAUAUAUGUAAAACAUAUCUGAGCAUAAACUCAGAAAAAAACACAAAAUAUCGAAAUGUGUUCUAAUGGCGAAGUUUUUCCUUGUGCUCUUUCUUACUUCCUGGUUGCAACAUAUUUUUCCUCAGCCUACCAAACUCACUGACAAUGUUGAGAUUUGAUUUUGGCACGAAGAUUGCGCCAAAUCGCUCAUAUGGACUGGCAACAUUUUCCUUGGAAUAGAGAAAUUAAGUGUCGAAAUGUCCAUGGAAGACAGAGGUGGCCCGCAAAAGCCCAGAGAAAUAGAGACAGACUGAUUUAAUACAUUUCCAACCAUGGAAAGCGAUAAUGGUGCCGUGAGAGAAGGUGUGUUGGUACCUGUGCUACCAGGUUCGAAAAACUUCGACAACAGCAUUCGGCCUCCACUGCAAAACUCGUACAUGUACAAGGAGUCUAAGCAGUCUUUCAGAUACAACUCUGCUUUCUUGAUAAACAAUGCUACUCUGCAGGAACGGUAUGAGGCUUUCCGAACAAAGAGGAGAGACAUGGGAUACACAGAGGAAGAAAUGGAGGAGUCCUAUGGCUUCUUGCUGUUUGACGACGAAAAUAAGGCAAAUAGAGUGGGAGAAACUGGUGUUGUCCCUGGACACAGCACAUGUACCACACUUGGAGAUCCUUCAGAGGGUGUGUACGUGUCCAAGUACUCGGACUGCCUGGACUUAAACCGCUGGUACCACGGGAAGUCUGGAUACAUCGCAAUCAUCAGGCUCACCAAGGGCAGGGUCAGAGAAGUGACUGAGAACUACACAGUAAACUACACCUCUCCCUCUAAUGGGUUUGACUGUCAUGUAUCAGAGCAGCUCAGUUCUGUGUCAGCCAACACCAGCUCCUUCCUGGCCUUCGAGAGAACACAGUACUACAUGUAUGAGCUGCCUGUUGGAGGGGCAGUCCAGCCUCCCAGCCAGGUCUGCCCAUUCGCUAUCGUGGCUUUCUCCUAUUGGGAUACCAAGACACCCGCAUCAGAGGAGAAGGAGAAAAGUGAGGAAGAAAAAACAGUCUUUCACUACUAUCCAUGGAGGGGCCAGCUCCAAAUCAGCUCUCAGAUCUACCAUGUGGGUCUGAAGUCCAGCACAGGACCCCUAAUCCCAGCUAAACUUCCAACAAUGAUGUCAGUUGACGGAGCAAUUCAAAUGUCAGACCUGAGGCAGAAAUUACCGAAGGCUAUAUUUGAAACCUGUUUCUCCGGUGAAGUGUCCCUGGAAGGAAUGGGUUGCAGUCUGUAUGAGCUUUCACCCAGUGAGGCUGAAGACACCUCUCUCUCUCAGCUCACACAGGGCCUCAAGGAGAAAGACCUGGCCCUCACAAUACAACUGAAUGAUAAUGGUUUUCUUAUACUGUUACAUUCAUCUCACUUCCUCACAUAUGAAGAUACUGGGUCCAGUAAGCCAGAGGUAUUGCAGGGGAUGUUUGUGUUUCCAGACUCCAGAGCUAUACAUAGAGACACCAAGGUCUGCUCAAAGAAGCCCUUCCUCUCACCAGAGUGCCUCCAGGUGGUGCCUGCACUGAACUACGCAGAGACAGAGGUGGAAAAGUGCCUCCCUUCACCAAGCGGGGAGCUACGUGGUUUACUAGAGCAGCAUAUCCAGAGCUACGCUUCCCUCAUCCACCCUGGGCUUACCACCAGUCCAUCCAGGGAGGCCAGCAUCUUCCCAGAUCAGUUUGAUGUUCCGGACGCCCUCAAAUACCUAUACUCCGCCCCCAAGUGGACUGAGAUGGGAUGGAAACGUCUCAAAUCUUAUUUCCACCAGCCGGGCUCCUUUGAGCUGUCGGUGUCCAGAGCCACGGAGCUUCUGUUGGCAGGGCGAGAGGAGCGAGGAGAUGAGCCGGAUGAUGAUGUCUACUACUGUCUGUCAUCUCCAGAGGGGUCCCCUAUGAGUCCUGCUAGUCUGGGUGGCCCAGAGGAGCAGCAGUCAGGGGGAAAGUCCCCAGGAGACACAGCUGACACAGCGGCAGACUUUAGUAAAGCACUUGCAGUGUCAAUGGAGGAAUUUGAUAAACCUGGUAAGACUAUGGAAGACAGUAAUGCACCAGACAAAGCAGUAAAGGAAGGGAAUAACUUGCUUUCGAAGGAAGUGCAAGAAAGGUUGCCCUCUGAUCUUAGCAAGCCUCUAAUCCCUGCAGAGGAUUUUGCGAAACCUGGCUUGAACAAGGCACACAGUAAAGCACCAGGGACAACUUUGCCUCCAAAAGAGGUGCCGGAGAAGCUCACCUCUGAUCUUUCUCAGCCUUCUGUGUCGGCAGAUGACUCUGAAAAACCUGGGAAGACCAAGGCUGACUGUAAUGCACCAAGGGUAAGAACAGAGGAUGAAGGGACAAGUUUGAUCCCAGAGGAGGUUGAAGUUGAUGUACAAGAAAAGGUGCAUUCUGAUUUUUUAGAGCCUGCAGUCUCUGCAGAGGUCUUGAGGAAAGCUGACCUGGCAGCAUUGGGCAAGGCAGACUGCAACGCACCAGAGGUAGGAGUAGCGAAGGAAGAGACUAACUUGUACCUGAAGGAGGUGCAAAAGGAUAUGCCCUCUGGUGUUUCACAGCCUCCAGUCUCUGCAGAGGUCUUGAGGAAACCUAGUCCGGCCCUGGCGACCAAGCCCAACAGCAAGGCACCAGAGGCAGGCGUAGAGGAUAAUAUGAAAACUUUGCCUCAGAAGGAGGUGCAAGAGGAGGUUCCCUCUGAUCUUUCCCAGCUUGCAGUGUCGGCAAAGGCUUUUGGGAUAGCCAGUAUGAGAGUGAUGAAAAAGGUUACAGAGGUGACAGAGGUUUCAACCUCACCUGCAUCAGGUAACCUCCCAACAGUGUUAGUCAUCACUGCCACUGAAAGAACUGCAACCGUUUUUCCUCACACUGAGUCCACCACAAAUAACUCCUCCAGUUUGCCUUGCGCCAAAGUACAGGAUAAGGGCGGGAGUGCUCUCAAUGGACAACGUGGCAAGGCCAAUCAGCCUUCAAAACCCACAGAGGUCAGUCAUUCCUCUAUAUCUGAUUGGAGGAAACGGCCAAGGAAACGUCAUAGAUUUAGCGGAUUGUGUAAAAGGAUCUUGAGGUCUACAGUGGCUGACUUUGAAGAGAAAGAAAAAGAGGACAUGGAAAGUAUGGAUUCAAGUGAAGUCUACCUAUUGAAAAAGAGGAAGGAAAUGAUGGAUUUAAUUAAAGUUAACCCAUUGCAAAAGGAGGAAAGGAUGGAUGUAACCCAAGUUCACCCAUUGAAAAUGCCAAGAGAACUGAUGAAUUUGAUCCAAGAUCCCCCAUUGAAAAAUAAGGAAAAGAUGGAUGUAACCCAAGUUCACCCAUUGAAAAUGCCAAGAGAACUGAUGAAUUUGAUCCAAGAUCCCCCAUUGAAAAAGAAGGAAAAGAUGGAUGUAACUCAAGUUCACCCAUUGAAAAUGCCAAGAGAAUUGAUGAAUUUGAUCCAAGAUCCCCCAUUGAAAAUGAAAAGCAAGGAUUUAAUCCACUAUCACCCAUUGAGAAAUAAAGAAAGUAUGGAUUUGAUUCAUGACGACCAUCCUUUGAAAAAGAAGACCGAACGAUGGGACUUGAAGGCAAUCAUCUCCGAAUGUGGUAGAAUUUUUGUCCCUCACGGUUCAGAAGUUAUCGCCAAGGAUAUAGAAUCUUUGAAAGUUAAGGGGAAAGUGUUAGAUCACAAACAAUGUGCUGACGAGAUGAUGGUUGAAGCUUGUAUCAAAGUCCCCCAACCCAUAGAAACAGGAGAUGGACCUAACCUAGAGUUGAACAAGUCAGAUGAGAGCAAAGAUUUUCCCAUAGGGAUGUUAGACAGUAAAGACAGUCUGCAUGAGGUCAAAAUGGCUGAUGUAGGCAAGAUGGCCUCUCUGAAUCCCUCAGAACUGCUCCUGAACAAAGACACGGAUUCUCCUUCCUCAGGAAAACACAAAAAAAAGCGUCAAUAUGUCGCAAUAUCCCUCAGUCAACUAAAGACAGUCCUUUCAAGAGGGGGAAAGAGGAAUAAACCCAUCAAUCCUGCUCCAGAAGAUCAAACAUCACCCGUGAACAAGAAAAGCAAGGCUGAUACUCCUGGCAUGGAUGAAAUGGAAAAUGUUAAUAUCAACAAAGCCAACUCAGACAGAACCACAGGUGCUGUUGAUGUUGCAAAGGAACAGACAUUUGGCCUAGACCCAAAGUUUGCACUAGCAUUAGGCUUGACUCCUACGGAGUUGAAUAAUGAUGCACACAAAUCUCCAGAAAAAAGUGAUAUUCCAUUAAAGAAAGACAUUCAGAGCAGACUGGACCUGGUCCCACCUCAAGCCACAUCUGACCAAACGUCUGAGGCUUUGCCUAGCUCACCUUCAACAACAGUCAUCUUGGCGAGUCAGAGGAGACCAUUCAAAAAGAAACACGAGCACGCAGACUCCAUUAGGAAAAAAUGGUGGUUGCAUUAUCGCUCACCAGCUGCUUUAGAAAGGGAGACAGUAGCUAUAUCCUCCCAACUAGUGACACUUGACCCGGAUCUCAGCCGUGUUGUCAGUAGGGGUAGGCCCUGCGAAGGUGCCAGCGCUGUAUCGUGCCCACCUGCAGAGUCUCUGGCCCUAUUGGCCGAUUUGGCUCGCAGUACCAGUAAUGACAAGGUACUGGAACAACAGUCAGACACAAAGGCUCUUGAAAAACAAGAUGACCACCCAAGUUUGGUGAUAAGUGACAACAGUGUCAAAGAUGGCAUCUCUCCUCAUGAUCCAGAUGGUGAGCCAGAGUUUGUCCUUCCUGCUCUGCUGAAGCACCCUUCUGCUGCUAGGCUUAAACUCCCCCCUCAGUCUCUGUCACCCAAGGGGCUGGUGGUGGGGAGUGGGGAGCGGGUUGUGUUAGUCUCACAAGAGCAUUCAUACUCAUUGCCGCCAUCCUCUCUACUAUUGGGUUUGUCAGGUUCAAUCGUUCAAGUCCCCAUUUCGGAGGGACUUCAGCAACAUCGCAAGGAUAUCUUUGCUGACGGAACUCAAACACUACGGGCCUUCCUGUGUCAGCAGAAGGACCAGAACAGGAAGGAACCGGGAUUGGCUCGGGAAUCCCUGAGCAGGGGAAUCGGGUGCAGGCAGAAGUUCCAUCGCUUCCGGCGGUUCAUUGAAAAAGAUGGCUCAGUUCAAGUGACAAGGCUGUGGAAGGAAAACUAUAACUUCAAUUCAGACAGCAAGUUUACCAACGACCCUAAGGAUAAAACAGUUAUUAGAGCCCUACAUGGCCCAUGGGAUUUUGACAUUAAGGACACAAAGGAACAGGUUCAGCUCAUCAUCCACAUGUGGAUAGGUCUUUUCUACAGCAGGUCCACUGCGAGGUUCUGCCAGGCAGACUCAAGUCUAACAUGUUUGGAAAAAAAGGAUUCUAUAGACGUGGCUCAUGGAAUGGUACCAGCCCAGGUGCCACCUGGGACCAAGACAAGUUCCGCUGCUUAUAUAGCCCUCUCCAGGAUACCAGAACCUGACGUUUUGGACCUUAGUAAAAUGGGUCAAAAAAAAGCACAACCAUUAAGCCUGGAAGCUGAGGUAUUGGACCUUUCAAUGAAAACAACCUCAACUGUGCUAGACUCUCUAGACACAGAGUCUAAGCGGAGAAUAGAUUUGAAAAAUCAUCCAUCAUACCUACCAGCAACUGGCCUGCACAAGGAAACCAUCUCUUGUCCAAAACAAAGUACAGGUGUUGAGUUAAAGGUUUACAGAGACCGUGUGGACAGCAUGAUGUCAGAAAAAUCCAGUGACCUGGGUGAUGAUGAAGACUAUGAAACCAACAACCAUGAGAAUGACAGCAAGGGUACCCUCCAAAAUGGUGUGUCCCCUUACGAAAGAACUUUGGAAAGUGAUCGAUCGUAUAUACUUUUGUGUGAACAGGCAGCAAGUGUGUACAUUCAUCAAGAAAAGCUCCUGGAGACUCAAACUGCUCAGGUUUUGGAGGGCAACAACAAAAAGCUCCUGGAGACUCAAACUGCUCAGGUUUUGGAAGGCAACAACAAAAAGCUCCUGGAGACUCAAACUGCUCAGGUUUUGGAGGGCAACAACAAAAAGCUCCUGGAGACUCAAACUGCUCAGGUUUUGGAGGGCAACAACAAAAAGCUCCUGGAGACUCAAACUGCUCAGGUUUUGGAGGGCAACAACAAAAAGCUCCUGGAGACUCAAACUGCUCAGGUUUUGGAAGGCAACAACAAAAAGCUCCUGGAGACUCAAACUGCUCAGGUUUUGGAAGGCAACAACAAAAAGCUCCUGGAGACUCAAACUGCUCAGGUUUUGGAGGGCAACAACAAAAAGCUCCUGGAGACUCAAACUGCUCAGGUUUUACAAGGCAACAACAAAAAGCUCCUGGAGACUCAAACUGCUCAGGUUUUGGAGGGCAACAACAAAAAGCUCCUGGAGACUCAAACUGCUCAGGUUUUGGAGGGCAACAACAAAAAGCUCCUCCAAAAGGAGGAGGAGAUGACGGGUGAUGGAGAACCAAACGCAGUGUGUCUUAAAACCAUGGGCUCUAAGGAUGUCAAUAAGGAGCAACAACUUAAAGAUAACGAUUCAGUCAAAACAAUGCCAUGCACAGAAGUGCAGAUGGAUGGUGAUGCUGCCAAUAUGGCUGACACAGUUGAGCGUAAUGCAAAUGAAGCCAGAGAUGGGGCUCACGUUGUCAUCUGUGAUGGCAGUGAGUCAAAAGAGGAGAUGCACAAAGUAGAUCACAACGUGAAGGAUUCUGUUAAAGCAGCAAAACCAGAAGCAGUGCAUGCUGGGAAAGAUACCACAAACAAGAAAAUCACUAAAGCACAAACUGCUGUGCAUGUUGGGAAGGAUUUCAUUGAUAACGAUAAGGCACUCAAAGCAGUGCACAGUGAAAAUGUUCCCAGAGAUUAUGGAAACACCAAAGACCAGGUGCAAACUGCAAUGCAGGAUGGGAAUGAUACUAGAGACGAGACCCUACCAGUGGUGAUUUGUGGAGAAGAUUCAGGAGAUAAAACACCACCUGUGGUGUGUGAUGGGAACACGUCUGUGGCUGAGACACUACCAGAGAUAUCACAUACUGAAAAUGAUUCCCAAAAAGCAACACUGGCAGUGGUGCAUGGUGGAAAUGAUCUGAGAGAUACGACACGACCUGUGAAAUGUAAUGGCAAGCUGUACAUAGACGUAGAACCCACUGUAGUGCAUGAUAUAAAUGGUUCCACGGAUGAGGAACUACCAAUGGGGCAGGGUGGAGAUGUUUCUGCUGGGACUAGCAGAGUACUGCCAGAGAUGCAUGGUGAGAUUAAAUGUAAAGAUGUACUGCCCACGCAAGUAUUUCCAGUAUGCGAUGGGAACAUGCCUUUUGUAGGCGAGUUUGACACACUCAUUCAGCCCAAUAAUGUUUUAGGAGUGGCUAAACAUGAAAUAAAUGAGGCUGAUGUACAAACUAAAGAACAGGGAAAAGAAUUGAUGCAGGGUCAGAGUAAAUCUGAUGAUGUCACAACUCAAAGUUCCACAACGUUCCCGCCAGGGUCCCAACAUUCUCAAGACGAGACAUUAGAAAGACUGACAGGUCAGGUAGAAAUACCACUGAUUCCCAGGGAAGACAUCGCACACACAGAUGUUCUACAUUCAAUAGGUGAGGCAUCAGAUAUGGCGCAAGGUCAGGUAGAAAUUCCAUUUAUUGGAGUAGAAAUACCAUUUAUUGGAGUAGAGAAGAAUAGCCAGGAUAUCAAUCACACAGAGGUGCAUGAUUCUCCCCCAAGUCAGAAAGAGACACUGAUCACAGUCUGUGAUAGUGCUAAUGUGUUAUCAGGUGAACUGCUAGCAAAAAUAUUUUCAAAGGGAACAGAAUCUGUCAGUCGAUGCCCAACUGUGGAUGAGGUGCUGUAUGGUUACAUCCCCAUUCCUGACAUCUGCAGUGCCUCCUUGGCCAUCUGUGAUGCCGAUGGGGUCAGCAAACCCCUCAGCACUGGGGAAGGUUACAGCAGAUGCCCAACUCCUACAGAAGACGAGCCACCUUUCGUUCCAGGACUUCCUUAUGACCAUCACACACCAAACACUGUUUUGUUGCCUAAUGCGAAAGACACCAACAGUCCCAACCUCGAUAGUGGUCUUGCGCUCAUUGAAAAUGAAAAGGAUCAUCAUGAACCAAGUCUUAGUCUCUAUAAAGUUAGGGCUGCUACUGGGUUGCACAAUCUGCAUAAAUCCAGCUACAAUAACAAACCAAAUCAUCUGGAAGCCAUUGAUAAUCGGUUCUCUCAAGUAUUGGCUGAUCCUCGCAAGAACCCAAUCGCCACUAGCACACCUCUCAACACUCCCUCAUCUUCUUUAAAGGAAAGAAGCGAUUACGAUCCAUAUUCGAAUACGCGACUUGCCGCUGUUGAACCAGGCCUGCAUGCUCAUUCAAAUCGCCAUUCGCUGCAUAGUUUCUCGUACUCGUUUCCCAACACCCACUGUUCCUUAACAGAGAAAGCUGCCUUCUCUGUGCCAUCAAUCCACCCGGAAGUCCUGUCCAAUGAAACAACAUUAACUGGGAACUUUAGUGAAAUUGCUUUAGAAAGAGAGACUUGCUUGCGUCCUGCCUUAAGUGAGCUCAUCCUACAGUCCACCCGUCUGAGUAUUCCAGUGGGCAGUGGACCUACAGCAGCUUCUCAGAACCUUUCAGUGCACAGUUUUACUCAGCCCCAGCCAAACAGCCAGAAACCUGCCAUGAUUGUGAAUGUCUCCAAGAGUGAGGACAGCAGAGGACAGUACAACUGGGAAGAAGGACAAACAGAUAUUGACUCUAUGUCUUCAGAUGUCCUAAAAAGCAAACAAAACGAUACCCCUGUCCGCUCAAACACUAAUGCUCACCCUUAUAACACACAGUAUGCCACAGAGAUGAGACAGAUUGCAGUUUUGCAAGAUUAUGAGGAUGUUAUGGCUGAUGAUGAGGAUGUUAUGGGUGAAAAUGAGGAUGUUAUGGGUGAAAAUGAGGAUGUUAUGGGUGAAAAUGAGGCACCUUCUGUAGAUAAAGACAACAUUGAAUCCAGUUUAGAGACCAAUUGGAUAUCAGAUGACAAACAUUUAAGAAGUAAAUUCCGGUUAAAUAAAACAAGACUUGAAUUCAUCAACUCUUUACGCCAGUCUCAGGAAUGGGAGCAAAGGGAAUUUGAUGGGGUUUUGGACUUCAACAAGCAAGGCACUUCCUCGUCAGUCACCAUCCAGUCUGAAGAAUCGGACAAACUACUUUCCCAUAUGGAAGAGAACCAACAGGAGUGGUUAAAGUAUUGUAGGGCUAAGAGGAGUGGCAGCCAGAUGGAUAUGACCAAGGAAGAAGACUCCUCAGUGGCAAAGCCACGCUUAGUUACCGUUUUGGAUCACAAAGGAAACAGAAUCACCUAUGAAAACUAUCCAGUUUUAAAACCUACAGCAAGCAUGCACAGUGACUCGAACAGACAGGGCUUGAGCAGUUUUCUGGAGUUCUCCAAGAGGUGGGAUGAUACACAUAACGCUGAUGAAUCUGAUCUUACUCAGUCAUCUAUGGAUCUGGAGACCCUCAUCUUCUCAGAGAGAAUGAACCAGAUGCUAAAACGUAAGAGUAGUAGCAGCAGCAGGUACAUCCGAUCGAGACACCGCAGGUCAAACGGAGAAGAAAGAGCUGCCACCAGUAGCCCGGCUGUGACAGUGCACUUUUCCAGUCUACAGGAGGAUCAGGACGGCUCCGAGGAGCACUGGGAGGCGAUACCAUCACUUGCAGGACAAAAGAUCAGAGUGGAUAUGCCUGAAAGGAUGGCUAUGCCUGAAGAAACAGAUGGAGAACCUCAGCAUCUUAAGAAACUUUCCUGUUCAAAGGGCAGUGAGAUGACGCAAGUUUCAGAUCUGGUUGUGGAUAGUUUCAGGGUGUACCAUGCUAUGAUGACUGAGGUCUGUGCAGGCAAAAAAUACCCAUCCAGAACUGAGAGACUCAAGAGAGAAGACGCAAAGAGAAACAGUUCGCCAAAGUCUCGAGCUCCAAGCAAAGACAAAGACUUCUGUGGGCAGAUGAAGGAGGACAUGUAUGACAGCCUGCAUGAUAAUCUGAACUCUGUUGUGAGACAGUCAUGUAAGAACAAGUUCAGAUUCUACAUACUGGUGACAUCAUCUGACCCAUUCUUCAGAGAGACGAAGGAGCUGUUAGAAGCAGAGGGCCACAUUGCAGUAGAACAGUAUCAAUUCUGCCUUGGAAGGGAUAGUCCCUCAUCCCCUCUACACAUCAUCUUAAGGAACGAAGAUAUCGCUCAACACAUUUGUGAGGUCCCUCACUUGCUUGAGUUGAAGAAGUCUCAGAAUGUGUUGUUUGCUGGUAUUGACCGUCCUGAUGACAUCGUGAACCUGACCCACCAAGAACUCUUCAGCAAAGGCGGUUUCGUGGUGUUUGAGGGAGCAGCUCUGCACACACUCAGUCUCAGCAACAUGAAGAAAAUGUCUGGUUUCCUGGAGGGAUUGAGUAAAAAAGGGAAGUGGAAAUGGCUGUUGCACUACAGAGACAGCCGGAAGCUAAAAGAGAAUGCACGGUGAGCUUAUUCAUGCGCUUGUAAGAACCUUUACGAUGGCUACUUUAGAUGUGUGGUGACGACUAGGGCUGUUAGGGCGGUGACCAUAUUACUCCCACACUGGCAGUCACCAGUCAUGACCACAGUCAAAUUCCA